AUGUUUGGCCACGACUCUAAUACUGGGACUAAUACACAGUACACCAGCUGUCAUAACACAGCUAAUACUGGGACUAAUACACAGUACACCAGCUGUCAUAACACAGCUAAUACUGGGACUAAUACACAGUACACCAGAUGUCAUAACACAGCUAAUACUGGGACUAAUACACAGUACACCAGCUGUCAUAACACAGCUAAUACUGGGACUAAUACACAGUACACCAGCUGUCAUAACACAGCUAAUACUGGGACUAAUACACAGUACACCAGAUGUCAUAACACAGCUAAUACUGGGACUAAUACACAGUACACCAGCUGUCAUAACACAGCUAAUACUGGGACUAAUACACAGUACACCAGAUGUCAUAACACAGCUAAUACUGGGACUAAUACACAGUACACCAGCUGUCAUAACACAGCUAAUACUGGGACUAAUACACAGUACACCAGCUGUCAUAACACAGCUAAUACUGGGACUAAUACACAGUACACCAGCUGUCAUAACACAGCUAAUACUGGGACUAAUACACAGUACACCAGCUGUCAUAACACAGCUAAUACUGGGACUAAUACACAGUACACCAGCUGUCAUAACACAGCUAAUACUGGGACUAAUACACAGUACACCAGCUGUCAUAACACAGCUAAUACUGGGACUAAUACACAGUACACCAGCUGUCAUAACACAGCUAAUACUGGGACUAAUACACAGUACACCAGCUGUCAUAACACAGCUAAUACUGGGACUAAUACACAGUACACCAGCUGUCAUAACACAGCUAAUACUGGGACUAAUACACAGUACACCAGCUGUCAUAACACAGCUAAUACUGGGACUAAUACACAGUACACCAGCUGUCAUAACACAGCUAAUACUGGGACUAAUACACAGUACACCAGCUGUCAUAACACAGCUAAUACUGGGACUAAUACACAUCAGGUGACGUUAUGCACUGACGCUACAUUAAGAAUCUACUUCAAUAAAUCAGGCAUGUGA